AUGGAUGAAAAGGCGGAGUUGAUAGAAGAAUGUAAAGUACUACGUUUAGAACUCGAUAAUUUAAUGAUAAACGACUUUGAUCGGGUUCUGACAGAGACAAACGAAAUCCUUAAGACUGCAAUUAAAACGCUAAAAAGAUCAAAUGAUCCAACAUUAUCUAACGGCGAUUCAAAUGUGCACCCAUUAGUGUUAUCUCUAACACAUCCACAAAACAGUGAAAUAUUAAAAUGUACGGUGACAUUACAUGGAUCGGAUAUCGUGGCUGGUGAAGUGCUGUAUAAAGCAGGUGGAAAAGUAUCUCCUCCAAUGAAUAGUGUAUUUAAAACAAAUAUUGUACCAUCGCAAAUGAAAUAUUGGUUUCUUCAACAGCUACAUGAAUGUAAACAUCAUCUUGAACAAGCAUUAAGAUAUAUACAACUAACAGAUUUUGAACGUAAUUUCGAACAAAUGAAUAAGGCUAUUCAUGUGAUUUUUACACCACCUAUUCCAGAAAAUAUGGCCUUUAGUUUUUAUGUGCAAGGAACUAAAUUAUCAUUUGCUGUCUACCAUUGUGGACAGGGAAAAACAAGUGGCUAUUUCAAACAUGUUGUAUGUCAUUUCAU